GGAGCUACUCCCUCCCAGGGGAGAUAGGUCCGGUGCUCAGCCGUCCAGCGGCAGCCUCGCAGCGGUUAGCAUCCGCUUAGCUUAGCCGCGCAGCUGGCUCCUCUGGACCGAGUAAACUAGCGCUUAGCUCGCCCCGGAGCCCGGACAUGGACGAGUUAGUGAGGCGUCUGCCCUCGCCGACUCUCCCGGGGAUGCACCUGCCGUGUUUGGACACCCACAAAGGCUGGCUCUUUAAAUGGACCAAUUACCUGAAGGGCUACCAGCGCCGGUGGUUCGUCCUCAGCAACGGCCUGCUGUCCUAUUACAGAACGCAGGCAGAGAUGGCGCACACCUGUCGAGGCACCAUCCCCAUGGCGGCUGCUCACAUCGAGCUGGGCGACACGUGCCACUUGAUGAUAACAAGCGCAGGACGCAGCUACCACCUGAAGACCACCUCUGAAGGGGAGUGUCAGCGGUGGGCGUCGGCCUUGCAGCAGGCCAAGGCCAAUGCCACCGCCUUGAUUCAGCACUCGGAUGACUCUGGAGAUGAAGGGACGAGUGUUCAGGAGGACGAUCGAGCCUUAAGCCAAAGCGCUCUGAAGACGUUGGCCAACAAGCUGGACGACUUGAGCACCUGUAAUGAUCUUUUAGGGAAGCAUGGCGCCGCCCUCCAGCGCUCCCUCAGCGAACUCGAGGAACUGCGCGGCUGCGUCGACAGCCCGGACAAAGUGAAAAGCGUUAACGAGCGAGCCACCCUUUUCCGCCUCACCUCCAAUGCUAUGAUCAAUGCUUGUCGUGAGUUCCUAGACGUAGCGGAAUCUCACAGCCGAAGGUGGCAAAAAGCCCUGCAGCAUGAGCGAGAGCAGCGUCACCAUCUGGAAGAAACCAUCGAGCAGCUAGCCAAACAACACAACAGCCUGGAGACGGCCUGGAGGGAGAAGCCCACCUCGUACGCAGGUGCGGAGAGAUCUCGCAAGGGGGACGAGAGUGAAGAAAAUGACGAAUUCUUUGAUGCCAUGGAGGACGCCCCUUCAUUCAUAACCGUGUCAACCAAUGCUGGGACGCAGCACAAACGUUCAGGGAGUACUCAGAGUAUGAUGAGCGGUGGAUUGCCUCAUGACUGGACCCACAACGAGAAUGACACCUCAGGCUCAAACCACAUGCAGCUACGGAGAACACGACGCAGCCGCAUUCCAGACAAGCCCAAUUAUUCCCUGAACCUGUGGAGCAUCAUGAAGAACUGCAUCGGAAAAGACCUGGCAAAGAUACCGAUGCCUGUCAACUUCAACGAGCCGCUGUCCAUGCUGCAGCGCCUGACCGAAGAUCUGGAGUACAGCGAGCUGCUGGACCGGGCGGCUCGCUGCGACUCCUCCCUCGAGCAGAUGUGCCUGGUGGCUGCCUUCUCGGUGUCCUCCUACUCCACCACCGUCCAUCGCACAGCCAAGCCCUUCAACCCUCUGCUCGGUGAGACGUACGAGCUGGAUCGCCUGGAGGAGUACGGCUACCGCUCCAUCUGUGAGCAGGUGAGUCAUCACCCACCAGCCGCCGCCCACCACGUCAUCUCUCAGCGAGGAUGGACACUGUGGCAAUCCAUCACUAUUGAUAGCAAAUUCCGUGGGAAGUACGUGUCUGUCAUGCCGCUAGGUAACAUUCACUUGCAGUUCCACUCCAGUGGGAACCACUACGUGUGGAGCAAAGUCACAUCAACGGUGCACAAUAUUAUCGUAGGGAAACUCUGGAUUGACCAGUCAGGGGACAUCGACGUGAUCAACAGCACCACCAAGGACAUGUGUCACCUCAAGUUCUCCCCCUACAGCUACUUCUGCAGAGACGCCCCCCGCAAGGUGACUGGAGUGGUGGAGGACAAAGAAGGCACAGCACAUUACAUCCUGUCAGGAACCUGGGAUGAGAAGAUGGAGAGCGGCAAGAUAGUGAACAGCAGUCAAGGCUGCGGAGGCUCCGAAGGCAAACAAAAGACAGUUUAUCAGACUCUCCCGUCCAAACUUCUGUGGAAGAAAUACCCCCUCCCGGAUAACGCAGAGAACAUGCACUACUUCUCUGCCUUGGCUUUGACUUUGAACGAGCUGGAAGACGGCGUGGCGCCCACCGACAGUCGCCUGCGUCCCGACCAGCGGCUGAUGGAGGCCGGGCUGUGGGACGAAGCAAACGCCCACAAGCAGCGGCUGGAGGAAUGCCAGAGGCUGGAGAGGAAAAGGAGGGAGGUGCAAGCCACCCAAGCCCUGCAGGAAGGGCAAGAGGUGGAGGUGUACCAGCCCCUGUGGUUUGAGAAGAGACUGGACGACAGCACAAGAGAGAGCAGCUACAUCUACAGAGGAGGCUACUGGGAGGCCAAAGACAGGCAAGACUGGAGACAGUGCCCUGACAUCUUCUAGAACACAAACACUGUUGUCACGCUCACGAAAAAUGUCACUCCGACAAAUGCCAAGCUUUUCUGUUGGACAUGGAUCAUAUACGAACCAAAAACUGACAGCCGUUGUUGUGUCUGGGAAGGGAAGGGAAGGUGAAUGUCUUUAUGCAUAGUUCUGACAAAAUCCUGCUAGGCUAAAUGACUUGACUCUUGCAGCAGGACUUUGUAUUGUGGGGCUGCAGGGUCAGCCAAAACCAAGACUGCUUUACAUGCAAAUGCUUUGGAAAUAAUCAUUGUUGUUAUAGUAGUAGACUACAACAUACCUGCCAACUACUCCAGUUUUCCCGUAAUUAGUACGGUUUUCAUCAACCUAUUCCGGGUUACGGUUGCAGUGAUAAAAUAUACGGUUUUUCAUUAAUUAAAAAAAAAAUUUUUUUUUAAGUUUUAUUCACGAAAUCGCGUAACAACAAUGACAAUCGACACUGCUUCCCGUAACUUCCUAUCGAGCCAUUCCGAAUGCCAUGCGCGAGGCUAUUUAUAGCACCGCUGCCAAGCACGAGGCACCAGUUGCCAUUGUUUCCAAACGAGCGAACGAUCAUGGAAUCAGCCGGAGAAAAAUCGCAAACGAGUCUUAAACCGAAAAGAAAACUGCAGUCAUUCCGUGAAGAAUAUUCAAAAGCCUAUCCGGGAAUAAUUAUCCGUUCCAAAAAAGGGUGAAAACUACGCAAAUUGCACCUUGCGCAGACAAGAUUUUUCGAUCGGACACGGAGGAAUUAGCGAUGUAAAAGACCACGUUGGGACAAAAAAAACACAAGUCUAAUGCCGUUGCUAGCGAUACAAGUGGAAAACUUUCAACGUUUUUCGUUGCCCAAACAGAUUCUUUGGAUGUGAUAAAUGCCGAAGUUUUAUUUACGGAGGCAAUAAUUGAGCAUGGACUUCCAAUCGCACUGGCUGAUCACAUGGGACAGUUAUUACGGAAAAUGUUUCCCGACUCGAAAAUCGCCAAAAAAUAUGGAUGUGGUCGAACCAAAACAUCAAACAUUAUUCAGUGUCUUGGAGCAGAAUCCUCAAAAAGUAUCGCCGAUGUCAUGAAGACGGAACCAUUUUGCGUGUCGACUGACGGCAGCACCGAUUAUGACGAUGUAAAACUGUACCCACAUGUCAAUCAACCCAUAUGAUUUUUGCUGUAAUAUUUUUGUUUUGAAAAGUCACUGUGACUGAAAGAAAAGUGAUGGUUUUAGCAACAUUUUAACCUGUUUGAAUGCUAAUAAUCAUUUUGCGUCAGGGGGCUUUGCGGCCCCUGGACCCUGGCUACUAGGUUUUUCUGAUUUCAAAAGUUGGCAGGUAUGCUACAAUCAUUUUUCAUGUUAGAAGUAGAUCGACUAGUCGUCCUAGUGGUCAUUGUAGUAGAAAUAGACCUAAUGUCUACCUUUUCCCUGGAGAAAGUGUCUGACCUUCCACAAAACAUACAGUGUGUUUAUAACAUGUCAAUAUUACCCGAGCGGGUCUAACUUAUGCGACGGGUUUAUUGCUGUAUCAUUUGAAUCGGUACCAGUGCCAGUCAAAAGUAUGCAGACACCCUCCAAUGUUAUUAAAUGUAUCCAAACGUUUGACUGCUACUGGACAUCUACUUACCGUAUUAUCCGCACCAUAAGGCGCCCUGGGUUAUAAGCCGCGCCUUCAAUGAACGGCAUAUUUCAAAACUUUGUCCACCUAUAAGCCGCCCCGUGUUGUAAGCCGCAUCUAACUGCGCUAAAGGAAUGUCAAAAAAACAGUCAAAUAGGUCAGUCAAACUUUAAUAAUAUAUUAAAACCAGCGUGAUGUGGGCGCGCAUGGAAUCGUAUAUCAACAUGGACGAAGCUGCGUGAAAAAAGCCACCCGGCCUCUUCGCGUAAACUUAAACUUACCUUAACCACUCGCUCAUCUUUUCUUCAUCCAUCCCUUCGAGUUAGCUUUUAUGAUGACGCCGGCUGGAAAGGUCUCUUUUGGCAAGGUCUUCCUUUUGAAUAUCACCAUGGGUGGAAGUUUCUGGCCAUUAGCAUGGCAAGCUUGAACCACAGUGAAGGAUGACUUCUCAUUCCCUGUGGUGCGAAUAUUCACCGUACGUGCUCCCGUUGUAUCCACAGUGCGGUUCACAGGAAUAUCAGUUGCUGUGAAAUAGUAAUCCGUGUGCGGAUGGAGAGAUUGCGUCUUUUCAUGAACCGGAUCCCUGUCGUUUAGUAGGAGCCAUUUUGUGGUCUUUACAGAUGUAAACACACAAAGGAAAUGAAACGUACGGUGAUAUCCGCGCGCUUUUUCUUCUUCUACGCGGGCGGGUGGUUGCUUACAGUAGAAGAAGAAGCGCUUCCUGUUCUAUGGGGGCGGGUGCUUACCUUGGCGGUUGCUUGCGUAGAAGAAGAAGCGCUUCCUGUUCUACCGGGAAAAAAGAUGGCGGCUGUUUACCGAAGUUGCGAGACCGAAACUUUAUGAAAAUGAAUCUUAAUAUUUAUCCAUAUAUAAAGCGCACCGGGUUAUAAGGCGCACUGUCAGCUUUUGAGAAAAUUUGUGGUUUUUAGGUGCGCCUUAUAGUGCGGAAAAUACGGUACAUACUAGUCAACUGCAAUAAGUGUAUAUCCAUCCAUGCAUUUUCUACCGCUUGUCCCUGUCGGGGUCGCGGGGGUGCUGGAGCCUAUCCCAGCUGCAUUCGGGCGGAUGUCAGGGUACACUCCGGACAUGUCGCCAGCUCAUCGUAGGAGACAACAUUCACACUAUGAAUUAAAAAUAGCAACACACUUGAAUAAUAUUGGUAAUAUGGGUAGUUACUGUCUAGCAAUCAUUUUUUAGACAUGUAUGCAAUAAGAAAGCUGCAGUUACUUGUGAAUAAAAUGAAAAUAGUGCAAAUUGUGUUUCUAUGUUGCACAAAAAAAAAUAGCCUACAGCAGCUUAGCUCUGACGUACAUGCACAAUAUAUAAUAAAUAGUAGUGACCUGUUUAUUUACGGGUUUUUAUCGUGUACACGUGAAUAACUCACUGGUUGAGUUUGGCCUGUAUAUAUAGCAAAAUGUGUUAUUAUUCAGUUACUGUAGAAAUAAUACUUGAAUAUCCAUAUUUAACUAAAUGAUUUGUUGGUAAGGUGUUGGCUUGAAUUACUCACUUUAUGAGAUGUAUUGUUCAAAUAAAGCACAACUUAGAAGUUUACCUCCAACUUAAUACUACAUGUUACCUAAAUACUGAGGUUUUGAUGCACUACAUGUACUGUACAUGUACUGUACUGUAGCUAUGCAUGUUUUUUUGGUGGGGAUGGUGCAAAGUCGUGUCCCUUUCACCCGGACUCAUUACUGAAAUGUGAUGUGAAAUCACCAUUUGUGCCCAAAGACCUUUGAAAAUGUUACUUCUUUUUUUUUUUUUUAGCUCAAAUAAAAACAUGAAGGUGUC